CGGGCUGUCAUUCAUAUUCUUUUAUAUCCCUCUGCUUGCCCCUCUGCUCGCUUUCUUCCGCAGGUGGUGACUACCAUGGAUCCUUGUCUGUCUGUUCUAUAAUGGCUUCGGAGGAGAGUCCCGAGAAGGCCACCGUGAGUCAAGCGCCUGCGCCUGCGCCUGCGCCAGCAGAGGGAGGAGUCCGGGGCUGGCUGAUGGUUGGCGGCACUCUUUUUAUCCUGUUCAAUAUUUGGGGCCUGGCCUUUGCCUUCGGGUCCUUCCAGAGCUACUACGUGCUCGACUUCCUGCCCUCGGUCACCAGCUCUGCCAUCUCAUGGAUCGGAACAAUCCAGUCCUGGCUGCUCAUCAUGGGCGGCCUCGUGUCCGGCCCUCUGUUCGAUCUGGGCUACUACCGCUCCCUGGUCAUAACCGGCAGCGUCCUCUCCGUCUUCGGCAUCAUGAUGCUCAGUCUCGCCAGCAAAUACUACCAGAUCUUCCUGAGCCAGGGAAUCUGCAUGGGCCUUGGGUUUGGAUUACUGUACAUCCCCAGUCUCACGCUGCUCAGUCGGUCUUUCGUUCGCAAGCGCGCUCUCGCACUCGGUGUCGCGACUGCCGGCGCACCCCUCGGCGGCGUCAUCUACACCCUCAUGGUCGAGCAGCUGCUCCCUAAACUCGGAUUCCCAUGGAUGGUGCGCUGUGUCGGCUUCGUGAUGCUUGCCCUCUUCAUCGCCGCCGGGUUCAUGCUGCCCUUGAAUAAAGAUAACGCCGGACAGCCCUCUGCGCCUCGAAGAGCGCGUGCCUUUGACGUGCGCGCACUCAAGGACCUCCCCUUUUGGAACUUCACCAUCGCCAACUUCUUCCUGUAUCUGGGAUAUAUGACGCCGUUCUACUAUAUCCCCAUCUACGCGGAGACGAAACUCGGCACCUCGCGCUCGCUGGGUCUGUAUGUCCUGAUCAUCUCACAAGCGUCGUCGAUUAUAGGACGUGUCAUUACGACUGCAGUGGCGCAUUACUGGGGCGCAAUGAUCCCCUGGAUCUGCUGCGGGUUUCUGUCUGGUGUGCUCUGUAUCUCGUGGAUUAGUGCGAGUAGUCUGGCGCGAUUCAUCCUUUUUGCUGCGUUCUACGGCGGCAUAUCUGGCGCCCUCGUCCCCCUCCCCCCGAGUGUCUUCCCGCAUGUCUGUCCAGACCCAACAGCGCUGGGUUCCUGGCUCGGGAUGGCGCAGAGCGUGAGUAGUUUUGCGACGUUGAUCGGGGCUCCGAUUGCGGGCGCGCUGGCGGCAUUGGGCUCGUCGGGCUCUGACGACCUGACUUUUCUUAAUGUGCAGCUCUUCUGCGGGGUGCUGAUGUUCUCGGGUGCUGUGCAGUUGUUGGGAUUGUGGUUUCUGUUGAGGAAGUUUAGGGAUAAGAAGGGGUUGUUUUAGCAUGAAUUGAUUGAUGAAUUGUUGCAUUAGGUAUCAGGCGUCAUAAAAGCAAUAAUUAUAAUAUCACGAAAUCAUCGAUACCAGAACCACAACUCCCCAUAACUCUGAUACGUACUCCCCCCGCUGCCGCCGUCAAUAUCAAACGUCGUGCACAUCGUAUAACUCUGCUCCUCGAGACACUGCAUCAGAUCGAGAAUGAGCAGACGGCUCUGUACGC